AUGAGGAAACAUGGAUGGCAACUUCCUUACCAUCCUCUCCAGGUGGUGGCUGUUGCUGUGUUCUUGGCUUUAGGGUUUGCUUUCUACGUCUUCUUUGCUCCAUUCGUUGGGAGUAAGAUUCAUCAGUACAUUGCCAUGGGCAUUUACACUCCUCUGAUUACGUGUGUGGUUGGACUGUAUAUAUGGUGUGCGGCUUCAGAUCCUGCUGACCGUGGAGUUUUCCGGUCAAAGAAGUACCUGAAAGUUCCUGAAAACGGGAAGUUUCCUCAAUCAAAGGGCACAAAAGAUAGUUGUGGAUCAGCUAUAGGUGGUGGUGCUAAGUCUCAUGACAGCACAUGUGUACAGGAUCAAGAAAAUGGAACUAACAAUAAAUUGGAGUCAUCACAAAGAUCUUGUCUCCUGCGUGUGCUUUGCUCCCCUUGUGCAUUGAUUUGUGGUUGUUGCAGUGGAAGAGAUGAGUCUUCUGAGCAGCAGAUGAGUGAGGAUGGGAUGUUUUAUUGCAGUCUGUGUGAAGUUGAGGUCUUCAAAUACAGCAAGCAUUGCAGAGUUUGUGACAAGUGUGUGGACCGUUUUGAUCAUCACUGCAGGUGGCUAAAUAACUGCAUUGGCAAGCGGAAUUACCGGAAGUUCUUUAGCCUCAUGAUAUCAGCUAUUUUCUUGCUCAUAAUGCAAUGGUCAACUGGGAUAUUUGUGCUGGUAUUAUGUGUACUCCGCAAGAACCAGUUUAGUGCAGAGAUUUCCUUAAAGCUUGGAAGCAGCUUCUCGCUAGUUCCAUUUGUUAUUGUCGUUGCAGUUUGUACUCUAUUAGCAAUGCUUGCUACGCUACCGCUUGCUCAGCUUUUCUUUUUCCACAUUCUUCUCAUUAAAAAGGGAAUCAGUACAUACGACUACAUAGUUGCACUCAGGGAACAAGAGCAAGAGCUAGAGGCUGGUGGAGGUCAACAAAGCCCUCAAAUGUCAAUGAUCAGCUCCUUCACUGGACUAAGCAGUGCCAGCUCCUUCAAUACAUUUCAUCGCGGAGCUUGGUGCACCCCACCACGUUUGUUUCUUGAAGAUCAGUUUGAUGUAGUACCUCCAGAGAAUGCGUCUGUAAGUUCAUAUGGGAAGAAGUCAGUGGUUGAAGAACGCGUGAAGAAGAAGAACCAACCUGUUAAGAUCAGUCCAUGGACACUAGCUCGCCUCAACGCAGAAGAAGUCUCAAAGGCAGCAGCAGAAGCAAGAAAGAAGUCCAAAAUAAUCAAACCCGUGGCGAGGAGGGAAAACCCCUUUGUUGGGUUAGAAGCAAGCAGCAGCUUCGGAAGCAGCGGCCGUAGAAAGUUUCCAGCAAAAUUUGAAGCUGUUAAUAAUAGUAACGGGAAGCACCAGCGAAGGCAAUCUAAACGCAUACGGUUACCAGCAGAGUUGCCUUUAGAACCGUUAAUGAAUGUUCAGACAAGAGCAGCUAUGGAGACAUCAACUAGCUCAGGGCUAGGUCCUCUUCAGCUAGAAGCAAGAAGCGCCUUUCAGACAAGCCGUGCAAUGUCUGGAUCAGGUGGUGGUGUUAUGGUAACAUCUUCACCAGAGAGCAGCUUAGACUCGCAUGACAUUCAACCUUUUAGAGUUUCAUCUGAGGCAGAGGAUUCAGCGCAGCUCAAUGGGUUUUCUUCAGCUGUUGGUUUGAUGAGUCAACAGAGAGGACAACAACAAGAGCAGUCAAUGAUGAUGAUGAUGCCAUUGUCAAGGUCUACAAGUGAUGGAUACGAUGCAUCUGGUGGAGAAGACAGUGAUCAGGUUCCUUCUAGAAACAUCCACAAAUCAAGAUGA